CAAUCCCGGCCCAAGUUCACCCUUGGCACUCCUCUAGAGACAACCCUCGUCCUCUCACUAAACGCCAACGAGAAGCUCUACUUUGACUGGUUCAAGUGUCGCACUUCUACAAAGAUAUCAGCCACUUUCUCUUCUGGCUUUUGGAACACCCUCGUCUUCCAGGCUGGGUCUAGAGAACCCGCUGUACUACAUGCCCUCCUGGCGCUCAGCUCGGCGCAUAAGAAGGGUGUUGUGACAUUGGACAUACAUAGAAACUCCCCCAAGUCUCAAAUGAGCCAACAGGAACAGUUUACGCUGCAGCAGUACGUCAAGGCUAUUGCACAUCUGCAGCCACAUUUCAACGCCAAGGAUAGAGAAUCGUGUCGUGUGGCGCUCAUCACUUGCAUUGUCUUUGUCUGCUUGGAGUUCUUCCGGGGCCACUUUGCUACGGCGCAGCUUCACCUGAAGAAUGGGCUUGAUAUUCUUUGGCAGAUGCAGGGUCUUCCUGAAGCCAAUUCGGGCAUCUUGGCGCUGAAGCCCUGUCAUGAAUCGACCGAUGCUUGGAUUGUGGAGGCCCUGUCAAGGCUGCAUAUCCAGGUUGAGCUAUUCAGACUGUUGUACCACCACUCAUGUGUUAUUCUACAGCCAGCUCAUCACCCAGAGAAGAGUUUUCUUGAAUCGUUCGCCAAUCUCAACGAUGCGUGGAAAGGGUUAGAGCUUGUUUACAACCAGAUAUUCCACCUUACCCAUCGAGCCCGCCAGCGGACCAUAACAGCAACGGAGCAUACAGCCCAGCAACUCGUCAAAACAAGGCUCGCGCAAUGGCAGGUCAUGUUUCAAGAUUUUAUGAAAGCGCGACCAGGUGACUCAGACAUAUACUUGCAAAAGGCAUGUCAGAUUCUGAGGAUACACUACGCCAUGACAAACGUCAUGGCUGAGACUUGCAUACACAACAACGAGACCAUAUACGACUCCUGUACCGAUAAGUUCAUCUUACUCAUCAAAGAACUUACAAAAUUAUGGGAAUUGUCGCUUCAUUAUGAAUUGGAGGACGAAAUGCCGCUGUUUAUCAUGACGACUUGCAUGCCUAGGUCAAUCAUCGACAUGGGCUGGAUACCGCCACUUUAUUUCACAGCAGUCAAAUGUCGCGUUCACCGCAUUCGAGCUGAAGCUAUUAAACUCCUCAGAACAAGUCCUCACAGAGAAGGCAUUUGGGAUGCGCACAUUGCAGCAUGUGUCGCUAAAAUGGUUGUUGAGUUGGAAGAGGGGGACUUUUACGAGGGCGUUGAGCUGGGGGAUGACUUUCAGCUGAAUACCCCAAUGCGCGAUCUGGAUUACCAGGUGCCAUUAUUACCGGAGUCGCGCAGAAUGAGUGAAGUUGAGGCAGAACUCUCAGGUGCCCCGAUGGACAAGAUCUUGCUUUACUGUAAGCGAGAGCAAGAGGGAGUCAACAGAAGGACUCUCAUUUCAGAGUACAGCGUGAGCGAACAAGUCAUGGACUCUGAAUCUGUCGUCGCCCAAGUCCAGCGCAAGAUCGAGCUGCAAACACCCGACGAUCUCUCAUAUCUCAUUGCCAACGUCCGUCGCGCAGCCGCAGAACGACUCAACGAAGCAUUUCCCGUGGUAGAGGGUAAUGAUGGCGAGGAUGAGCUGCGAAAUCAGAUAGAAAAGCUCGUCAACGAGUACAUCGACAAAACAUUCUCCCUCGCCUCUCCAAAUCUCUCGAUAAACGGCCUCCCCGUAUCUCCAGACUCUUUCCUCUCCGAAUCAAAUGCCGAGCCCGAUACCGUUUACGAACCAUUCGAUACGCGCAAACGUCGGCGCGUCGCGGACUUGAUCACACAGGAAGAGAAGCUUCUCGAGGACGUUGCGGCGUUGAAACGCUCUGUACCCGCUACAACAGCCGAGGCGCAGGCCGAGCAAUUACGCGAUAGUCUAAAGCGCGAUGACGAUAUGCUUGAAGCGCGGAAACAGCAGGUCAUUGCAGAGGCCGCUGAAGUGGAAUUGGAUGUUCAACCGCUGGAGAGACAAGAUGGCGUGGAGAGAGGAUUUCGAAGAGCUGUUGAGGGUCUAGGAAGAUUGAAGCGCGAUAUGCCUGCUGUGGUAGCCAAGAUGGAGAGGGCGCGCGUGGCGGGCGAGUAUGUCGUUACGCAGGGACGAUAA